AUGACCAAGUUCAGCAUUUGCCUACUGCUCGUCGUCCUGGCGAUCGCCUCCACCCAAGCGGAUGGCGACCGUCGUCCCUGCGCCGGCCGCUGCACCGGACACCCACUGUCCAGCGGGAAGAGCGUGUGCAUCCGGAACAAGGCGACCAACGUCUGCACCCGUCUGCCCGCCUGUCGCCUCCGCGAGAAGAACUGCGUGCGGCGGGACAACGGGUUGGAGCCCAUCCGGGAGACCUGCAUCACCCGCUGCCGCAACAUCCCCGGCUCCAGUGGCGUGGGGCAGUGCGCCACCCGGCUGCGCCCCCGCCCCCAGAGCGACUCGAAGCGCGUCAGGGAGUGCCAGAGGAGGGUCUGCCACGACGACAAGAACGCCGGUUGCUGGAGGGACCAGCAGGGCGCCUGCAUCCUGCAGACCCGCUGCGAGGCCCAACGGAGGAACUGCGUCCGCAACCCACUCAACCAGUGGGUGAGGGCCAGCCAGUGGAGCUGCAAGGGGAAUGUCGUGGGCGGAGGCAUCCGCCGCUGCCGCACCAGGCCCAUCAUCAUCAAGGAUUAG